GAGAAGCCAGAUAGGCGUGGCCAGUACGGACGAAACGCUUGCGGCAUUAGCAGCCGCCAACGUCAACAUCCAUCUCAUAAGCCAGGGAGCAAGUGAGAUCAGCAUAUCGUGAGUGCCUCGAGGUCGUCUGGAAGAAGGGGAAUCAACACCCUUGUCAACAUUUACUGAUGACUCGUUGCAGGCUUGUCGUCAACGCACACGAUGCUACUACAGCGCUCUGCGCGAUCCAUCGAGACGUUCUAAAGAUACCAACCAUAGAAGAAAGUCAAUUUCGUCGAAGUAAGCCGCAAUUCAUUCCUUUGCCGCGUUGGGCAUCACGGUUAACAAUAAAUCUGUAGGAGCUUGGCUUUAUUAGGGGUUG